AUGUCAGAUAUCAAAGUCCCAGGUUUCAAAGCAUCAGAACUUAUCGCAGGGCUCGAGACUGCUUUCUCAAAGUACACCGAUGCUGAGAAACAAUCGCAAAUCAAAAAGACGAAUGGAAUCUUCGAGCUCCAGGUUACCAAUGACGCAAAGGAGACUGUAACAUGGACAAUCGACAUGAAGAAGACCGGGACUGUUUACAAGGGCAAGGCCCCCAAAGCCGAUGUCACUAUCAUCCUCGCCGACGAUACCCUUGUUGACCUCGCCGAUGGCAAGCUUAACGGCCAGAAGGCAUUCAUGACCGGCAAGCUCAAGACAAAAGGCAACAUGAUGCUCGCCACCAAACUCGACACCGUGCUAAAGGGUGCCAAGGCCAAACUGUAG